AAACUGAUUCAUGUACUUCCGAUAUUUGAUGUGAAUUGGAUACUCGAUAGUUUUAUCUAGGCUGGUGCCUGCAGAGAAACAAGCUAGGGGAUGUACAGAAUUCCACCGUAUUAUAAGUUAGGUUACGGGUGCAGCAAGAUAAAGUGCAAUGCUGAGUUGUUCCUGCGUCCCGUCCUUGCGUUCAUGUGUCAGUAAGAGAGCGGAAGUACCUAUGUUAAGUCCAGCAGCUUAUUAGGUACAUACCACAUGCUUUCAUUCUAUGUGGGGAAAGGUGAAGCUUAUUUCUCUGGAGAAACUACGGUUUUAUGAAAUUUUAUACUGGGAUGUGCAUGUCAUAUCUGCAACAUCAGAACUUUGUAUGCACUCAACCAAAUAACCGCAACAACAUCUCGACCCCAAGAAAGCAACAUGUCGCGACAAAUAAAUCAACCUUCCAACCAAAUAAAACUCACCAACGUCUCCCUCGUACGUCUAAAGAAGGGAAAGAAGCGCUUCGAGAUUGCCUGCUACAAGAACAAAGUACUAGAAUGGCGAUCAGGCAUCGAGACUGACCUAGACGAAGUCCUACAAAUCCCUAACGUCUUCCUUAAUGUCUCAAAAGGACAGACAGCGCCAUCCGCAGAGCUAGCGAAAGCGUUUGGCAAGGACAAGCCAGUCAACGAUAUCAUCCUCGAGAUAUUGAAUAAGGGCGAGCUACAAGUAGGCGAGAAGGAGCGGGCGGCGCAGUUAGACAGAGUACACAAUGAGGUCAUAAGUAUAGUCGCAAGUAAGCUGGUGGAUCCGCGGACGAAGAGGGUUUAUACCACGGGUAUGAUAGAAAAGGCGUUGGAUAUGUUGAGUUCACAAGCACAUCAGCAAGGCGACAAGAAAGCAACAGACACAGGAAGCGGCACGGGGACACCAGCAACGGGUGACGAUGCAGAGGCUAAGCCGAGGGCGAAGGAGCAUACAUGGACAGGCGUAGUCACGACUAAGAGCGCAAAGAGCCAGGCACUAGAAGCUAUGAAGGCUUUGAUUGCGUUCCAGCCCAUCCCGGUUUCGAGGGCGCGGAUGCGGCUCCGGAUUACAUGCUCGACGAAUGUGCUGAAGCAGGCAGUGAAGGCACCGAAGAGCGCGGAUACAGAAGGAGAGCAAAAAGCACCUGGAACCGUGAAAGACAAGAUUCUGAGUUACGUCGAGCAGGUAGAAACGCAAGACGUUCUCGGAUCAGAGUGGGAGGUUGUUGGGUUUGUUGAGCCGGGUGCUUUUAAGGGUCUAUCAGAUUUCGUGGGCAACGAAACAAAAGGUCAAGGAAGAGUUGAGGUUCUUGAUAUGGCAGUUACCCAUGAAGAUUAAAUACCCAGCCUUGUAUCUGGCGUUCAUGAUAAUGAACUUAAUAAUUAUGCAACGACCUAGUAGAGUGGUGAUGGACUCGGAAAAUGGCAUAGACAAAAGAUACCCUAGAGCCAAGAAUCUCAUGGCAGAGCCAGCUUAUUUUGCACGCAUAUAAUCACGGAAGAUCUUCACAAUGAACACAUAUUAGAGUGUUGGUCACAAUAAUGUCUCUUUUUUCUCUAGAGUACACCUGCGACUUUCCGAAACCGAUGAGCAAUGUCCCCAAAUC